AUGGAUGAAGUUGUUAGAACUUUGGAGAAGCUGCAAGUUCCUAAUUUGAAUGUAGGCAAUCUAAAGCAUGCUGAUGGACAAUCUCCAAACUUGCUGGCUAUUGAUGAAAAACGUUGGCCAAGAUUUUUUUUCUGUCAUCAUUAUGCGAAACAAAGUCCGGUGUUUAUGGCUGUUGCUUUUUAUAUAUGUGCAAAGAAACACAAGCUCAAAGUUGAUAAGAUUAAGCUAAUUGAACUCUGUGGUACAUCUGAAGCUGAAUUUUCCAGUGUUUCUACUACUAUGAAAGAUUUGUGCCAUGAUGUUUUUGGGGUAGCUAAAGAAAAGAAAGAUCCUAAAGAAGUUAAGACCAAUAGAGAUUUGCUUGAUGUCUUACCAAGCAAAAGAAAAGCUGAGGACGGUGGCUAUUUGUCUAUGAUGGAGCAGAGACAUCCUAUUCUUGAUAGCAAAGAUUGAUGUCGGUCGGUGAGUGACGACAGUUGAUUAAGACACCCUGGCUGCAUUUCUACCAGAUGACUGCCAAUUGGAUGUUCAUCGUACAAUUGCAUGUAUUGAAAAGGACCCUUGCCGACCUGGUGUCAAUGAUUCAGUACAGCUUUGCCAAAAAGCCGGGGUUAAGGUAAAGAUGGUCACGGGUGACAAUGUGAAAACUGCAAAGGCAAUUGCCGUGGAAUGUGGAAUACUUAGUUCACUUGCUGAUGCUAUUGAGAGAACUGUCAUUGAAGGCAAAACAUUUCGAGCCUUGUCAGAUUCAGAAAGAGAAGAAAUUGCGGACUAAGUAAAAGGUUUAUGGCGUUUGCGGAAUAAGUCGAAAUUUACUAAACUAAUGAAGGAGCACAUGGUCCACAACAAAAAGGAUGUCCGUGUUGGUUCCAAUUCAUGUGAUCCAAUUGAGCUUUAAUUUGUUUUUGUUGUUUUCGAUAUCAAUAUGUACUUACUUUAUUUUGUUUUAAUUGCGAUAUGAGACUAUUUCAGUUGCGAUGUAAACGAUGUCCCCCUUGAUUAAUUUCCGCAUGUUUAUGAUUAACUUCGUCGGCUCAUUACAUCCA